CUAAAACAUAGUAGGCAUAUUACUGCUCCCAAAAAACUCAUAUGUCAGGCACACAUCAAACAGCACGGCGAGUUUGUCUUGAUUUCCUGCCAUUUUUUUGCGCUUUUUAUAUCGGAGUGCCCUGCACCAUAGUGAUAGUAAUCAUCAGGAGAUCAAGAGACCUUCGAGACUUCCAAUAUAAUGCCGCGAGGAAAGUACGUGAACCACAAAGGUCGUAGUCGCGAGUUCACGCCCGCGGAUGUUUUGCAGCAGGAACCGGACAGAAUUCGCCAGGGCGAAAGGAGCAGCGGGGUGCCGAUCAAGAAUCAAGCUAAAGUCAAUUUCGAGGACAAGUGCAUGCGCAGCCAAGGCGCGCACAGCCUAAUUGAGAUCUCCAAUCCGAAUCGCUUGCCGCGCCGGAAGCCGUUGAGUCUUCUGAUAACCAACACAAAUGGAAAUCAGUUCACCGAGGAGGACGACGCCACCCAACGGAGGCGGCGCGAAAGGAGAAGGGAGCGGAUGCAAGGCGAAAAUAUCCAGAGGAGCAAGGAGACUUUGGCCGAUCUCGCCAGACUGGCAUUGGUUCGCAGGGAAAGGGAGGCGGCUGCCCAGCAGCGAUUGGCCGCAAAGAAAGCGGCUGCCGAGGCGGCCGCCUCCAGCUCGGACACUUCCCUCAAGAAGAUCAGCCAGAAGCCGUCGGAAGACGCGCCACCGGAGCUCCAGAGCCAGGAGAGCCAGAGCCGCAAUCUCAGGGCACAUCAGAGGAAGACUCGAUCCCCGCGGAAGAAGUAAUAUGAAAUUGGCAAUACAAGAAGUACAA